UUAGAAAUUUUUUGUUAUCAAUUUUUAGAUAAAAUAUAGAGAUAGAAAUCUUAAAAAAAGAUAAAAAAGUUUGCGUACAGUUUUUGUAAAUUGUCUCACAAUUUUGUUUUCUAAAAACUAUAACAGUUUACUCAAAAAAAGCUUGCAAAUAAACCAAAAAUAGUAUGAAAAGUGAAAAUAUCUCAUAAAAGUAAAGAAUAAAAAGCAAGAAAAAUGGAAUUUUUUCGAAAUUUAAUAUUAUUUGUCAUUUUUUGUCAGUCGGCAAUUGAGGGACAUCGAAUUCUUGGCAUAUUUCCAUUUGCAGCGAGAAGUCAUAAUAUUUUCUUCGAGGCUCUAAUGAAGGGUUUGUCAAAAGCUGGACAUCAGGUGGAUGUAAUUUCUCAUUAUGAACCACGAUAUUCGGGUGAGAAUUUAACGCGAAUAUUGGAUUUGAGUAAAUUUGAAAAUCAACUAGUGGUUGACAAUGAAAUCGGAAUAGCUUUUGAAUUUGAUGACAAUAUUAUUAAAUUUAUUUCCACCAAGUUCGGAAAUGAUCUUUGCGAACUGAUGGGAUCUGAAGAAAUGCAAAAUAUUUUACAAAAUUCUCUCAAGGAACGCUCUUACGAUCUUGUCAUCAGUGAGUUUUUUGGAGCCACUUGCUUCUUUGGAAUCGGGAAUUUUCUUCAAGUCCCUGUCGUGGCCGUUAUCUCGAUUCCAGAGCCCAUUUGGGCAAUGAAUGCCAUGGCUCUUCCAUUCUCCACGGCUUUCUAUCCAAGUACAAUGAUGGACAUUGGAUCUAUUGAAACAUUCUCGGAUCGUCUGAAAAAUACUCUGUCUAAGUACAUAGCCCUGUGGUUAUUUUGUUGGUAUACCGAUAAGCCGCAAACUGAAGCAAUGAGAAAAUAUCUCUCACCUCAAAUACCCUCCAUCAGAGAAGUCGAAAAGGGAAUUAGUCUCCUUGUAACCAAUAAUUUCCAUUCUUUAUAUGGAAUUCAUCCCAUCACUCCUGAUGUGAUUGAAGUUGGAGGAAUUCACAUUGGUCAAAAUGAGGACAAAUUAAGCCCCGAAUUAGAAAAUUGGAUGGAACAGAGUACAAGUGGAGUUGUGUACCUUUCAUUUGGAACUGCAAUUCGUGUGGAGACUUUACCGAAGGAGACAAUUCUCGCUUUCUAUUCCUCCUUCGCAAAAAUCGCACCAGUGAGAAUUUUAAUGAAGAUCAAGGAUAAACAUCUUCUUCCUCCGGGUCUUCCUGAAAAUGUGAAAAUUCUACCAUGGCUUCCACAAAUACAAGUUCUAGGACACAAAAAUACAAGAGCCUUCAUAACACACUGCGGCCUGCUGGGUCUCCAGGAAUCCCUUUAUUUCGGCGUUCCCAUCAUUGGAAUUCCCCUUCACUCGGAUCAAUUUCGGAAUGUGCAAAUUUUCGUCACAAAAAAUAUGGGAAUUCGCAUCGACUAUGGGGAGAUUACGGAAAAAAGUUUGGAUAACGCUUUAGAGGGGAUAUUGAAUAAUCCCUCCUAUCGGGAAGCAGCAAAAUAUGAGUCAAAAGUUUUUCAAGAUCGACCAUUACAACCGAUGGAGUCGGCAAUUUUUUGGAUUGAAUACAUUCUGAGAAAUGGAAAAGAUUCUCUAAAAUCGCCGGCAAUUCAUUUACACUGGUGGCAAGCAUCUUUAGCAGAUGUGUAUUCUUUUCUACUAUUUUUCUUCUUUUUAAUAAUCUAUCUUCUUUAUUUAAUUAUCAAAAUUAUUUCUCGCAAACUUGUUGCUUUUAAGAAAUUUAUCAACAGACGGAAAGAAAAGUUUUCGUAAAAUUAACAUUUCAAUUUUAAAUCUAAGAUAAAGAAUGUAGCUAGAAAAUAUUAGUAGAACAUAUUUUAUUCAAUUUUUCCCACAUUUAUAUAUUUCAUAUACAUAUAUAUAAAAUGUAGAUAAUAACUAAUGAUUUUUUUGUAUAUAAUUUCUUAGAAAAGUAAGAAACUGCCAUAGACUUCUACUUUAAUGUGUCAUUACUAUUAUAAAUUUAUUAUAUAAAAAAAAAUUAAUUGCAUCAUUUCACACAUUUUGGCAGUUUUUAAUAUUGUAAAAAUUUAUCAUUAGAGUAAAAUUUUCAUUUUACUGAUUUCAUCGACAUUUACAAAUAGUUGUUCGAUUCUAAAACGACGAUUCUAAAGGAAAGUGUAUCUUUUUUAUAUAUCAAAAAAAGAAAGUCGAAAACAAAAAUGUUUAUAAACAUUUCAGUAAUAUCAAGUGCGUAAAAUACUUAUCAACACGGAUUGAUUGAAUCUAUUUGAAAAAUUAAUUGAAUUAGUCGACAAGAAUAAUUAAACUUCUUAAAAUAAAAUAAAAAUUGUCGCAAAAUUUUUUUUUCACUUCUCCAGGAAAAUAGGUCCAAAAACUUGAGAAUCUUGAGUCUUGAUUGUU